AUGGUGAUGGUGGAUAUGAUUAAACUGAUGCUGGAGAUGUUGGUGACUAUGGAUGAUGAAGCACAUAGUGGUAUUGACAGUGAUGAUAUCACUCUUGAUGCAGACACAGCCCACCCCAACCUCUCCAUUGCUGGGGAUAAGAAGAGUUUGAAACACGAAUCCCAACCUCAAAAAGUUCCAUCAACUCCAGAGAGGUUUGAUUCAACUGUCUGUGUGCUGGGCUCUGAAGGAUUCUCCUCUGGAAAGCAUUACUGGGAGGUGGAUAUUGGGAGCAGCACUGACUGGGAUCUGGGGGUGGCCAGAAAAUCAAACCAGAGAAAAGGAAAACUUUUCCUGUCCCCUAAAGAGGGAAUCUGGGCUCUGGGUCAGAGUGGGAGAGAUUACUGGGCAAAAACAGAUCCAUGGACCCGGGUCACAGUGAAGAAAAAGCCCAAGAAAAUUGGAGUUUACCUUAGUUACCAAGAGAGGCAGGUGACCUUUUUCAAUGUAACUGACAUGUCUGUGUUGUUCACAUUUAAUGACUGUUCAUUCUCAGGAGAGGUUUAUCCAUUCUUUAAAAAUUCCCACAAAGAAACAUCAAUGAGAAUUUGUUGUAUAAAAGAAGAUUAA